CGAAAGUGCGGUACUCCCUGUUAAAAUAGAAAAACAUUCAGCAAGCAGCAGUGAAGCUGCAGCUGGUCCUGUUGUGUGUCUGUUGGAGCCUUUUCGGCAGAUCAGUGAACUUAAACGGAGGAUAAAGUAAAAGCGACUCACUCAGGAUGAUAUGACUUACAUAAGCUCAGAUUUUGUUUUAUAUUUGUCGUCGUCCGAUCUUUUGCUGUAAAUGUUAGCUAAGCUAAUCAAGCUAGCUAGCAUGCUACCGUGACUUUUCCUCCAUAGGAAGUAGGGGAUACUUUCACUGUAUCCUGAUGGCUUCAACUUCUGCAGUUGUAAAAGUAACAUGGCGUGAAGGUGAUAUUUGUCUGGCUCCUGACCCAAGAGAUGGCACCCUGCGAGAAACCACCAUUCAGAGACUGACCUCCACCUCUCAUAAUAAUGAUACUAUAGCAUGGGUGGUAUUCACUGACCAUAGUAAAGAUGAAGAAGAGGAGGAAGCUGUACCUGUCUCGAAACUCAUGAGACCAGGCUUGAAUCACUUCACCCAGGAGAAACCUGUGUUUCCCAGCAGCAUCACAGACCCCAAGCUAUGUGUCCCCUUAGAGCUGAGGGAUGUUGAUGGAGACAGAGUCCCUUACACCAUCAACAGAUACCUGAGGGAUUACCAGAGAGAAGGUAUCAGGUUCAUUUACGACAAUUACAUCCGGUCCAGCGGUUGUGUCCUGGGGGACGACAUGGGCCUGGGAAAAACUGUACAGGUCAUUGGUUUCCUUGCUGCUGUGUUGCACAAAACAGGCACAUGGGAGGAUAUCAAGAACAACAGGCCUCAGUUUCUGCAGAGUCAGAUGCCCUCCAAGCAAAGCAAACCCAACAAAGUGUUCCUCAUUGUGGCCCCACUGUCAGUGCUUUAUAACUGGAAAGAUGAACUGGACACAUGGGGUCACUUCCAGUGUGUGGUGGUCCACGGGCUGAGGAAAGAGGAGGAGCUGGCUCGCAUUAAGAAGGGACGCGUUGAGAUUGCUCUCACUACCUAUGAGACUCUGCGCCUUUGUCUGGAUCAGUUUAAUAACAUAGACUGGUCUGCUGUGGUUGUGGAUGAGGCCCACAAGAUAAAAAAUCCAAACUCUCAGAUCACUCAGGCUAUGAAGGAUCUGAAAUGCAAGAUCAGAAUUGGCCUCACUGGUACCAUCUUACAGAACAACCUUGAGGAGCUAUGGUGUGUCAUGGACUGGGCCAUACCUGGUUGUCUUGGCAGCUUAGGUCAUUUCAAGAACAAGUUUGCAGAUCCAAUUGAGCAAGGGCAGAGGCACAGUGCAUCUAAACGUGCCCUAGCUACAGAGAGGAAGACUGUCAUAGCCCUGGUGAGGAAGAUUUCCCACUGGUUCCUCAGAAGGACUAAAGCUCUCAUCAAGGAACAACUGCCUAAGAAGGAUGACAGGGUGGUGUAUUGCUCUCUGACAGACUUUCAGCAGACUGUGUAUCAGGUGGUGCUGGACACUGAAGAUGUGAUGUUACUGUUGAGGUCUUCAGAGAAAUGUGACUGUCAAAGUGGACGCACCCGCAGAAGCUGCUGCUAUAAAACAAACUCAGAAGGUGUACAAAUGAAGGAGCUGUACUUUAGUUACUUGGCCAUAUUGAGAAAGGUUGCCAACCAUGUAGCGCUGCUUCAGUCCACUGCAGGAACCAGCAAGAAACAGGAAAAGUACGUGGGUGGCAUUUGUGCGAAGGUAUUCCAAAAGUUUCCAGACUUUGUGCGAAGAUGCAAAGAUGAAGCAUUUGAGGCCUUGUCAGACCCGAUGUACAGUGGAAAGAUGAAGGUUUUGCAGAAGCUGCUCAAAUAUUAUCUGGAAAAGAGAGAUAAAGUACUUCUUUUUUCUCUCUCAACCAAGCUGUUAGAUGUGCUGGAGAGCUACUGCAUGGCAGAGGGACUGGACUACAGCAGGUUGGAUGGAACCACCAAAGCCAAAGAGAGAGUCCAGAUUGUCAAAGAGUUCAACAGCUCCUCUCACAUCAACAUCUGCCUGGUUUCUACAAUGGCAGGCGGUCUUGGUCUUAACUUUGUAGGGGCCAAUGUGGUAGUGCUAUUUGACCCAACAUGGAACCCAGCCAAUGACCUCCAAGCUAUUGACAGGGCAUAUCGUAUUGGCCAGUGCAGGGAUGUGACUGUUCUUAGGCUGAUCUCAUUGGGGACUGUAGAGGAGGUCAUCUACCUCAGACAAGUUUACAAACAGCAAUUGCAGUGCUCAGUUAUGGGCAAGGAGAGUGCGCGGCGGUACUUUGAGGCAGUGCAGGGGCAUGGUGUCCAUAAGGGGGAGCUGUUUGGGAUCAAAAACCUCUUCAGGCUGCAGAUCCAAGGGACAUGCCUCACCCGCAAGAUACUAGAGCGAGAAGGACAAGUGGAGUCCGGUGUAAUGACAACCAGCACACACACAGGCGAAGAGAAGGAGGAGGAGACGAAGGGAGUUAGCGAACCUGGAGAUUUUCUGCCUACACAUGGCCCUGUGCCGAAUGAUGAACCAGCCAAGGAGAACAGAGAUGCAUCAAAGGUCCCCAGAGGGGUGCUGGACUUCAGUAGUGGGAGUGAAGAGGAUGAGGAGGAGCGGGGGCUUAAGAGGAAGGUGCCAAACCCCAGUGCAGUUCGUGGGAAAGAUGCCACUGGUUCUGGUCGGAUGAGUCUUCUCCAGCACGGUUUCUCCAGACUCCUCGAAAGGGUCAAAGGAAAACCAGAGUUAGGUGAAGGGGACAGUAGUAUGGGUGUAGAAGAAAGCCCCUCUGAGGAAGAUGCUGAGGAUCAAGAGAGGGAGGGUACCUCCUAUGGCAUCUGCAAGAGCUCCAAUACAGGAAAUGGUGCAGUCUGUCUCCCUAAAUUGGGAACGAAAAACUGGGACACCAGCAGAGAAGACAGAGAGAACAGAGGUGGGGGGAGACAAGAGAGGGUUUCUCUGGUGAAACAGAGUGAUGAUGCUGUAAGAGAGGGACAGGGCCUGAAAGGGUGGACAAAUAAGAAAAUUACAGUGGAUGAGGAGAGUGAUGAAAAUCCCUUACCAGACAAAAAGAAACCUAACAAGUUCAAAACUACAGUUCCAAAAGUGCACCGCUUUGAGGAUUAUUCAGAUGAAUCUGAGGAUUUGGACAUAGAGGCAAUGACGGGGCCCAAGAGGGACACUUUAAAUUCACACGGUAGAGGAGGAGACAGAGAGAGAGGAAGGCUAGACCGCAACAGAAAGAGGCAAAGUGCUUGUGUCAGGGACAAGGCCAGAUCCAAAUACACAGAAGACAUAGAGAUAUUCACAUCUUCAGAAGAUGAACACGCUCCUGUUAAGAAAGGGAGAUCUACAGGAUGUCACUUCACAUCUCCACAGACAGAAAGAUCCACAGUUGAGUUGCCAAAAAGUGGGCAAAGAGCUGCAACAACCAUCAGGACAGAGAGACAAUCAGGAAUGCCCAAAGCUGUUUCACAUACAAGUCUGAAAGGUCAGACAUCCCCAGCAUCCAAAGGAAAGGAUGGAACUAUCGACACUGUGCUAGGGGGCGUACAGGAGGUGAUGUAUACCCACUCUAACCAGCACGUGGUGGGCGGGAGCAAAGCAGAGGAGCUGAUCAGUAGAGCUGCUGUACGAGACGUGUUUGAACGCAAGAUGUACUCUCAGCUCCCGGCCAAUCACCUUCUAGGCACCCAAGAGAGCCUGUCAGCAAGCCCACCAGACAGUCGGCCUUGCCCUUCUGCUGUCAGACUAGAGAAGCCCAGUGUGGACCAUCCGGUCACCUUCGCCAACAAGAGUGUGCACCACACCAGACACACCACCUUCAUCAUUGGAGAGACUCCCCAGGCCAUACGCAGGCAGCAGCUGGAGUUAAUGGCGGAAAAAUUCCAAUUUCCCUCAGUCCAUCAGUUUGCAGUGGAGAUUCUGAGAAGAACCUCAACCCAGAGACUGGCCUGGCUACGACAGUAUUACACAUCACUGAACCACCCUGACCUGGCUAAUACAGUCACAAACAGCUUCCCACAACCUGAUUCAGCACAGAUGCACAGCACAGCAUCCUCCGCUUCAACUGCUACCUGCUCAACAUCCACCAAAACAGCUGCCACAAAAUCUCAUGCAAGUACCAGAACCCCACAAAAGGAUGUUCCAAAAGCCAAGAAAAAGCUUAAAUACACUCAGAAGAAUCCAGAACCCAAAACUAAGCCUGAAACCCCACAAAACAAUGUUUCUGUGCCACAGAAAAAGUCUAGAAUCCCACAAAAUGAUGUUCCAGAACCCCAGACAAAGCCUAGAAACCCACAAAAUGAUGUUCUAGAACCCCAGAAAAAGCAAAAGAUCCCACAAACGAAUGUUCCAGAACCUCUCAGUGAUGUUCCAAGCUUUGAGUCAGAGGAGCAGGAGGAGACGGUCCGGAGUGCCAGAGGACAUAAGAGGACAAAGAGGAGUAGUGUUUCUAGUUCUGGAGCCUUCAGAGCUGGUGGUGGUCUUGGCUUGGAUCAGGCCAGCAGCAGUGGUCUGGGGUCUGGGGAGGCUGCUGCUUUCCUGAACCGCACAGACAGAGAUACCCCUUCUUCUCCGGACCUCAGCCAUGGCAGUUCUACCACAUUAUCCAAACCCACAGCACAGAGAAGGGAGCGAAAGCAAAAAUUGUCUUCCAGGACCAGUGAAACUUUUCAAGGCCAGAGAGAAAAACCUCAGACCCCUUCCCCUCCUGAGCACGCCACAUCUACCUCCAGUCACCAUUCCUUCCUCACAGAUCUGAUAGGAGACACCUCAAUCCUCGACGAUUUGUUAAAACCUAAAUCCAGGGGUGCACAACAGAGGGGCGCCCCAAAAACACCCCCUGUACUCUCCUCUGUGCCAGUAAGCACACAUCUCACCACACCCUCUCCAUCCAGAAUCCCUCGCAAUACUUAUUCUGGUUCAGCAGGCCACAUUGACUCUCUUUCCUUUCCAAAGUCAAACACAGCACCUACACAUCAGGCGGCAUCAAAGGGCAGUCGCAAAGACUUCUGGGACCUCCUGAAUGAGGGUAAUGAGGAGCGUAUCAACAGGUUAACAGACCCAGCAGAAGUGCAGAGGGUUUGCAUCAACACUAACUUAGCAGCUAGAAGUAGGUCUGGAGAAGAGGAGAGCAAGAGUCUCUGGAAGACUAAUGAGAAGUUCCUGUGGAAGAAAUAACACCAGAGAGACAAUUAAAUAGUUUACUUUUGCAGUUCUUAAGGAGAUGAAAAAUGGAAACCUUAAUGGAUAUUUAAAGCAGGCUUUCCUGUUUCAGAUUUUCUCAACAGAGUUUAAGUGUCAUAUCAUUUGUACCUUUUUAAAAUAUAUUUUAUAUUUACUCUAAUUAUUUGAAAAUAUUCAGUGUUACUAGCAUAAUGCUGACUGUUACUUGAACAAACAAGGGUGUUAAUCACUCUGGGAAUUUAAACCUGUGUACAUUUUAUGGAAAUGAUUGCCCUAUUUUUUGCUUUAUUUCAAAAUGUUUUACCUAACACACACAACCCCUGGAGGAGCACUCUAAUGUGUCAUCACAGAGGCAUGUAUAAAAGACUGAAGAAAUUAAUCUAAAAAUUGUAAUAUAUGAAAAAUUAUGUAAUAUAGGGCUGCAACUAACAAGUAUUUUCAUUAUCAAUUCAUUGUUGGACUGUAAAAGGUCAGAGAAUUUCCCAAAGUGAUGUCUUCAAAAAGCUUUUUUGUGUCUGACCAACAGUUUAAAACCCAAAGACAUUUAGUUUACAACAAUGUAAGACAAGGAAAAACAGCAAAUGCUCACAUUUGAGUAGCUGGAACCAUCAAAUGCUUGGCAUGUUUGUUUGAAAAACAGUUAAUCGAUUAUCAAAAUAGUUGCAAAUUAAUUAUCUUUUGAACAACUAAUUGCUCCAAUGUUCUAUAAAAUAUUUUGAAAUUACAACAGGUAAAAUAAAUUAUAUAUAAAUGUAUUAAUGCCUCUUGUGUGCAUGUGUAGUUAAAGGUCAGUGUCAAUGUUAAGUGGAUGACGGAGAAAACCCAUCCCGCUGUAAGCAUUAGCCAUUAUCGUUAUCUGAUACCAUGACUGCCACCCAGGGACUGUUGGUGUCCCUGCAGAGAUAUCACUUAAAACGCCUUAAUGGCUGUUAACGUCUCUGUCACUCUGAACAACUCACUGCCUCCCACUCCCCAUGACAGUGUGCAUAUUGUGUAGAUGGUGUGGUUUCCCUGCACGGUAAUCUGAGUCUGUGGCUCGGCUCAGUUGUGCCUCAAACGCCCCUCAGAGUGGAAGCUGCUGUGCUAUUAGUGAAAUAACAAUAAGCAGUUGAAGACUUAGUGGAGCUGGGAGAGGAGGGAUAAGGAGUAGUUUUCACACCCACCCAUCCAUCCACCCAUCCUCUCAUACUCUUAAUUAAAGUGUGUUUCAAACUGUUAUGGUGACAGAAUUAUUUGCAACAUUCCAAUAAAGCACAACAAAAAGGUAACCAUAUUGAACUCAUAGCUUAGCUAUAAUGUGAAAACAAAUUAAGAAUUUACUCAUCGUAGAAUGUAACUAAGUAUAUUACAAGUACUGUACAAAUUUGAGGUACUUGUAGUUUACAUGAGUAUUUCCAUUUGAUGUGACUUUAUACUGCACUUUUUACUUUUACUAAAAUUGUCUGACAGCUUUAGUUAGUUUUCAGAUUACAAUUUUCAUACCCUUCCUGUCCAGUGAAAACCAUGUAUCUCCAAAUUUGGGGACUAUUAUUUUUUUAGUUUCUGAUAAACUGAAGGAUUAAGUGUUCCUUUAUGGGUUGAGAAAAUGCUCCUACAUCUUAAGCUAAAUUAACUAUUUAAAUCCCCCACCCCUUGGAUUAGCUGGAAAAUGCAUCGUCACAAAGCUGAAAACAGGGCUGUUUUUCUGAGCUCAUGAAAAGUUGACUUUUUAGAGAUGCAGUACGUGGUUCUCACAGGACAGCAACGCUACAAACAAAUGAUGAUCUUAUAGAAUAUGAUGCACUGCUGUGGAUUAAACUACCCAACAGUAUAUAGCAACAGUAAAAUGGUCUAUUACUGCUGCAUUAAUGUGUAUGUUACAUCUUACUGCUGAAUGUGUACUUUUAAUUUUGAUACUUUAAGUAAAUUGUGCUGAUAAUGCUCACAUACUUUUACUUAAGGUUUUGAAUGCAGGACUUGUAGUGGAGUAUUUCACAGUGUGGUAUUAGUACUUAAGUAAAGGAUCUGAGUACUUCUUCCACCAUUGCCCUUACUGGUUGUGUAUGUGCAUGAGUGCGCUUGCAUGUGCUGAACCUCACAGCUGUGUCUGACCUCUUUCAGCUGUUGCACUGAAGUAAAUAGAACCCCAAAGAGAGCUGCUCUGUGUAAGUGUUGUGUUUUGUUUAGCAGAAAUGAGAAAGUGCUGAUAGCUAUCAAUAAACAAGAGAAAUGACUACGUGCCUCAACAGAACAUGCAGCUUGGUGAAUAGUGUGUGUGUGUGUGUGUGUGUGUGUGUGUGCGUGUGCGUGUGCAUGUAGACCUUCUGGGUGGUAGAUCACGACUAUCCUCACACACGCACACACACACACACACACAUAAACUGAAGCCACACAUCUGUCACACCUGUUCAAAUCACAGACAGAGGAGAAUAAAAAGGCCUUUCUCUUAUCCCUA